AUGAGUCCCGAAUUCCAAACCCGGAGCCCGGCCGAGUCGCCAUUCACCGGGGGAGCCACGCGCAGGCGGCCGGACCGCGCUCCCGAGAAGCGCGAGCGCCCGAGAAGCGGCUCCCGAGCGUCCGCCGCAGGUCGCCCCCGGAGCCCCCCGCAGCCGCUCCCCCCCCGGGCCCCGGAGCGCCGCUCCCCGCCGCCCCCGCCUCUCCGCCCCGCCCCCGCCGGGUCCCGUCCGCGCUGCUCCGCGUCUCGCGGCGCCGCACGCGGGAGCCCCCCGGCCGGCCAGGCGGGCCCUGCGCCUGCCGCCCCCGCCGCCCAGGCGGUAACAGUGACAGCCUCCUCCUUUCUCCUGCGACCGUUAGCGAGCGCGCCCGGAACGGCAACAGCCGCCGCCGGGGGAGGCUUGGUUACCGAAUCCCGGCCGGGGAGCGCCGCGCUUAGCAACCGCCCGAAAAAGCCCCCGCGCUCCGCUCCCACUUGCAGCGCCGGCGGCCACCCUCCCGGCGCGCCCCGCCGCCCCCGGCGCUGUGGCCGCCGCGCCCCGGCUCCAGGGCCCCCUCGCGCCCCCGGCCGCGCGCCCCCCGCGCCCCCCGCGCGCUCCCGGGGCGGUCGGCGUCCCCGCCGGCGCCGGGCGGGGGGAGGGGGCGCGCUCGCUGCCCGCCGCCCCCGGCCCCUCGCCGCGCCCAGCGGGGCCCGCGCGGAGCCCCCCGCCGGCCGGCGCCGCCGCCCGGGUCUCCGUGGGUCCCCCGGCUUGCCGCCUGCCGGGCGAGCGGAGACGGCCACCCCUCCGCGACGCCCCGCUCCGCGCCCGCUGCCGCACACCCGGCCGCCCGGGGCGCGGGGACCCGGCGCUCGGGCUGCCCCGGGGUCCCGGGGCCCCCGCCCCCCACCCGGCCGCCCUCGCGGGGCCCCCGCGGUCCGCCCCUCCGGGUCAGCCCGCUCCCCCUCAGCCCCCGACGGCUCUCGCGCCCCGAGCCCCGUCCCCGCGCGGCUCCGGCCCCGUCGGCUCGCACCUUCCUCAACGCAGACAUCCUCGGGCGCUGCAGUUCAGCACGUGCGGGGCGACAUGGCCCGUCCGCCCGUCACUCGGCCCGCCCGCGGGUCCCCGCCGCCGCUGCCGCUCCGACCCGCUGGAGCCCGGCGCUCGCUCGGUCCUCUCGGCCGGCGCCUGCGCACUGGGCGCCCGGGGAGGCACCGGCGCACGGGGGGGGGGGGGGCGGCCGGCGCGCGGCAGCAUCUGGAGAGGGGCCGGGCCCGCGCCUGGGGGAGCGCCAGGCCUCCGCGCCGCGACCCCUGCCCGCGCCGGCCGCCCGGAGCGCGAGGCCCGCGAGGCCCGGGGAGCGCGCGCACCGCCCGGCCCGCCAACUGUUGCGCGGGGAGCGGCGGGUCACGUGGGGACGGCGGGGGCCAAGGGGCGCCCGAGCGGCCCCCGGGGGCCGCGGCCUCACGGCUGCACGCGGAGCAGGCGCUCACGGCACCGGGAAACUCGCGAUGCUCGCGCGGCACAGAGGACGCGGAGAGCUGUGUAUUCUCCACGCUGGCGAUAGCGUCGCUGGGCUGCCCCUCCUGCUGUCGGGAGAGGGGUCCCCACGACGUCCGCAGGCCCAGGCACUGCGUCCCUCUGCCGGUAAACCUGGGGCCAUGGGGUCUGGCCGCCUUUGCGCCUCCGCUCUCAGCAGCGCACAGACCACAGCAGCCUAAGGGCGGCUUAGGCAACUUCUUCAAGCUGGGCCUCAGGUCAUCUCACUCCGCUCAAAGCCAGCGGGGCCCUGUGCUGCGCUGGCCCCGGGCGGUCCCUUCUGCUUCGAGGGUUCUCGGCCUGCACGUCGCCGAUCCCGGCUCCCUCUACCUCGAGCCUGGCUCAGGUUCCCCCCCGGGGGGCCCUCCUGCCCCCACCUCCCCCCUCGACACCCCUCCCGGCUCUCGGUCUCCCGAGGACUUCUGCCUGCCCAUCGGCGCUGCAGGAGGCGCCAGCAGCGCCCCGCUCAGACAGAGCGUCGGGAAGCAGGUUCUCCGAGAAACGGACGCAAAGCAGAGGGGUGACACCAAGGUCCCGGAGGAGGCGGAACGGCUGGAGGGCGGCGGGGCGCAGAACGCCGCCGGCCGCCGUCUCCCCGCGGGCAGAGGCGUCAGCGCCGCGGGGGUCCGGGAGCAGGCGGCGGCGGUCCUCCCGGGCCGCCUCCGGGCUCCCUUCUUCCCCGUUUCCCUUCUGCUCGGCCUCCCAGUGUCUGCGGCGCCUCAGGACACUGGCCCCGCGGGCGCUCAGCGGACCCCUCGCGCUGCUCGCGUCCGCGGGCGGCGCUGGGACCCAGGGCGACACUGGGCGCGGCCGCCCACGGGCAUGACCCCGCCCCCGCUGACCUCCUCCCGGUGA